UCUUCUCUGAUUUCCCUGAAUCUCUCAAUCUCUGGUGCUCAAACCAUAGCAUUCCUCCUUUCCGAUCUUCUGUGACCUUUCAAUUCUUGUGCGUCGGAUCCACUAGAUUCCUUCUUUCUACUUUCCCAGGAUCCCGUCAUCCUCGGGUCUCCUCAGCCUUCCAGAUUUCUCUCCUCGCAUCCCUGGUAUCCCCGCGCGCCUACCACCAGCUCACGAGAUCCCCUCGGAUCCAGUUAUCCAGGUUCCCCGGGCUCCCGCAGCCGGAUCCCGGGUGGGCGCCGGGCGGCCGGUCCCGGACCUCCCUCCAUGGCCGCCGCCCCCUCCCAUUCCGCGGGGCUCCCGGGCUCUCCCGGGCCGGGCUCUCCGCUGUCCUCCGUUGGCUUGGAGCUACAGUCGCCGGCGCCGCUGCUGUCCCCGGUCCCGGCCCCGGGCCCCGGGGUCUCUUUCCACAUCCAGAUCGGCCUGACCCGCGAGUUCGUGCUGUUGCCUGCCGCCUCCGAGCUGGCGCAUGUGAAGCAGCUGGCUUGCUCCAUCGUGGACCAGAAGUUCCCUGAGUGUGGCUUCUACGGCCUUUAUGACAAGAUCCUGCUCUUCAAACAUGACCCCACGUCGGCCAACCUCCUGCAGCUGGUGCGCUCGGCCGGAGACAUCCAGGAGGGCGACCUGGUGGAGGUGGUGCUGUCCGCGUCGGCCACCUUCGAGGACUUCCAGAUCCGCCCGCACGCCCUCACGGUGCACUCGUACCGAGCGCCCGCCUUCUGCGACCACUGCGGCGAGAUGCUCUUCGGCCUGGUGCGCCAGGGCCUCAAGUGCGAUGGUUGCGGGCUGAACUACCACAAGCGCUGCGCCUUCAGCAUCCCCAACAACUGCAGCGGGGCCCGCAAGCGGCGCCUGUCGUCCACGUCGCUAGCCAGCGGCCAUUCGAUGCGCCUGGGCACCUCCGAGUCCCUGCCCUGCACCCCUGACGAGCUGAGCCGCAGCACCACGGACCUCCUGCCUCGUCGCCCCCCCUCGUCCUCGUCCUCCUCUUCCGCCUCCUCCUACACUGGCCGCCCCAUCGAGUUGGACAAGUUGCUGCUCUCCAAGGUCAAAGUGCCACACACCUUCCUCAUCCACAGCUACACGCGACCCACAGUCUGCCAGGCUUGCAAGAAACUCCUCAAGGGCCUCUUCCGCCAGGGCCUGCAGUGCAAAGACUGCAAGUUUAACUGUCACAAACGCUGCGCCACCCGCGUCCCUAACGACUGCCUGGGGGAGGCGCUCAUCAAUGGAGAUGUGCCGAUGGAGGAGGCCACCGAUUUCAGCGAGGCUGACAAGAGCACCCUCGGGGAUGAGUCAGAGGACUCCGGAGUCAUCCCAGGCUCCCACUCGGAGAACGCCCUCCGCGCCAGUGAGGAGGAGGAGGGCGAAGGAGGCAAGGCCCAGAGCUCCCUGGGGUACAUCCCCCUGAUGAGGGUGGUGCAGUCGGUGCGACACACGACGCGGAAAUCCAGCACCACCCUGCGCGAGGGCUGGGUGGUUCAUUACAGCAACAAGGACACGCUGAGGAAGCGGCAUUACUGGAGGCUGGACUGCAAGUGCAUCACACUUUUCCAGAACAACACAACCAACAGAUACUACAAGGAAAUCCCACUGUCGGAAAUCCUCACCGUGGAGCCUGCCCAGAACUUCAGCCUCGUGCCGCCCGGCACCAACCCGCACUGCUUCGAGAUUGUCACCGCCAAUGCCACCUACUUCGUGGGCGAGACGCCGGGUGGGGCCCCGGGGGGGCCAAGUGGGCAGGGAGCCGAGGCCGCCCGGGGCUGGGAGAACGCCAUCCGCCAGGCCCUGAUGCCCGUCAUCCUCCAGGACGCGCCCAGCACCCCUGGCCACACGCCCCACCGACAAGCUUCUCUGAGUAUCUCCGUGUCCAACAGUCAGAUUCAAGAGAACGUGGACAUCGCCACCGUCUACCAGAUCUUCCCGGAUGAGGUGCUGGGCUCGGGGCAGUUUGGAGUGGUCUACGGAGGAAAGCACCGGAAGACAGGCCGGGACGUGGCGGUCAAGGUCAUCGACAAACUGCGCUUCCCUACCAAGCAGGAGAGCCAGCUGCGGAACGAGGUGGCCAUUCUGCAGAGCCUGCGGCACCCCGGGAUCGUGAACCUGGAGUGCAUGUUCGAGACGCCCGAGAAGGUCUUCGUGGUGAUGGAGAAGCUACACGGGGACAUGCUGGAAAUGAUCCUCUCCAGCGAGAAGGGGCGGCUGCCCGAGCGCCUCACCAAGUUCCUCAUCACCCAGAUCCUGGUGGCUUUGAGGCACCUUCACUUCAAGAACAUCGUCCACUGUGACUUGAAACCGGAAAACGUGUUGCUGGCGUCCGCUGACCCGUUUCCCCAGGUGAAGCUCUGCGACUUCGGCUUCGCGCGCAUCAUCGGCGAGAAGUCGUUCCGGCGCUCGGUGGUGGGCACGCCGGCCUACCUGGCGCCGGAGGUGCUGCUCAACCAGGGCUACAACCGCUCGCUGGACAUGUGGUCGGUGGGCGUGAUCAUGUACGUCAGCCUCAGCGGCACCUUCCCCUUCAACGAGGACGAGGACAUCAACGACCAGAUCCAGAACGCCGCCUUCAUGUACCCCGCCAGCCCCUGGAGCCGCAUCUCGGCGGGAGCCAUCGACCUCAUCAACAACCUGCUCCAGGUGAAGAUGCGCAAGCGCUACAGCGUGGACAAGUCUCUCAGCCACCCCUGGUUACAGGAAUACCAGACGUGGCUGGACCUCCGAGAGCUGGAGGGGAAGAUGGGCGAGCGGUACAUCACGCACGAGAGCGACGACGCGCGCUGGGAGCAGUUCCUUGCGGAGCACCCACUGCCCGGGCUGCCCGCCGAUGGGGAGCUCGCUGGGGUCUUCCCCCCGCAGGACCAGGAGAUGCAGGGGCUGACCCAGCGCAUCAGCUUCCUCUGAGGCCCUGCGCUCCCGCCCGGGUUGGCCCUGCGGCCUGUCCACCCACCCUCGCGCUCUGCGACCUUUCCCUCCAGCCCAUCCCAGCGACGAACUGUUCUGGGGGAAGAGGCUCCCUGCUCAGACUGGAUGGGGCACACCCAGUGUUGGAGAGGGUGGGAUCAUGGGGUGGGGGUGUCACGGGGUCAUCUGCAAAGGCUUCUCUGUCUUUCCAACAAGUAAAACGGACUCACCCU